AUGGAAAUUCAGAAGAAAGCAAGGCCUUCAGCGUCCACCGACACUCACGACACUGCCAUUCCCUGUAAAUUCCUCCCUAUCAUUCCUCGGUUGCCGUGGGCGGCUGGGAUCAGAGAUCUGUGCCCACAUCCACCUCCGGGGACGGGAAAGGCGCUGAGUGUGAGCUCCGGUCCACGUCCCGGCCUCAAUGCCGUGGCGCCGCACCCGCACCCGCACAAGGUCAGGGCCCCGCCCGCUCCCGACAAGAGCUGCACCGGCUCCACCUCCUCUGCGGCCCCGCCUCCUGGGCCGGACUGUCCUCACCUGCAGCCGCUCCAGCUGGAGGCGCUCCGGAGCCCAGGGUCACCUCGGCUUCUCCCCUGGGCCCCCCCUGAGACCACAGGGAACGCAAGGCUCCUCCAGACACCACACAUCAUCCACAGACUUUCAAAGCUGAGUCAGCUGGAGGCAUCCGGCUCCCUGACCUCAGACUACACUAGUGAUCAGGAGAGCAGGACUCCUGGGCGGACAGAAGCCAAGAUCCUUCCCAGAAACACGGGCUCUGAGCCCUGCUGCCAUGUAGACUUGGCGUCCCUCCCGGAGCCCCUGGAGCGGGUGUCCGAGCGCCUCCAGCCCCGCGCCCCCCUCGGGCGGGUCCCUCAGUGGCGGGGCCGGAGCGCACUGACCGCCAGGACCGCCCUGGCUCAGACCCCGGCAGACCCGGUUCUCCUGAAAGACACGCUGCUCUCGGGGAAGGCAGGUCUCUGUGGGAGGAGGACUGGCUUGGCACAGAUGCAGAAGCCUCAGCCCGUGAACCCAGAGCUCCCUUCCUGGCCUGUUGCUGGAUUCCUAAACAUGCUGAACAACUUCAGAGGAGCCUCCUCCUUCCCAGAGAGAGGCGCGUCCCCAAGAGAUGUCUGCGGAUCUGAGCUCCGAGCCGUCGUGGGGCGGCGGGGGGCUCCUCUCCGCGCCCCGUCGAACGCGCCCGCCGCCGGGAGGAGCGCCAAGGCGGAGCGCGGGGCGCGCGGCUCCGGAGCCGGGGAGGACGCGGGAGGGCGCCCGGGGAGCCGGUCCCGGGCCGGGCUGCGGGAGGUGUCCGGCUCCGUCCCGCCGAAGCCGCGCGGGAGUGAGGAGGCCGCGGAGGGCGACGGAGAGCAGACCGAGUCCUGGUGGGAGACGGCGGUUUCCUCACGGGAUCCGGGCCCCUUCUGUCCACGAGUGCCCGGUGGCGCCAGGAGGCCUGCGUCCCCGGGGAUGCUGUCGCGGGAGGGAGGCAGAUCGCACGUCAGAAAACCGGGAUCUGCGGGCCCUGUGCUGGAAACGGGGCGCGCCGGGCCACUAAGCCCGAGAGGAGAUUCGCGGACUUUUGUGACCGCGACCUCAGCUCCGGCUCCGCGAGCAAGGACGCCGAGGGUCCCGGGUGCGGAGCGAGGCGCGGGGGACUUCUGUGUCCAGGGCGACCUGAGAGGCGGAUCCCCGGGGCUGCCGGACCCCCCAGGCCAGGCGCAGCCGGCCGUGGACAGCGAACCCAGGAGCUCCUGUGUGCGCUGA